AUGUAUUUAGAACCUGGUAGAUAUUAUUACAGAGAUUUGUAUGAAGAAAUAAAAUAUGAUAGUACCAAUAUGGCAAAUUUUAUAAUAUCAAAUUUGGUGAGAAAUCCAAAUGAAGUUAUUACUAAAAAAGCAUAUUAUUGGAAAUUACUUCUAGUUAACUAUCCUGAUUUAUCAAAAAAUGAAUUAAAACAUCUUGCUAAUAUUUUUGAUAAAAAUAAUAAAAAGAGAAAAAGAAAACAGUGUGAUCUCAAACUAAGAAAAGUUUAUUCUAAUCUCCUUAUUUUAAGCGAGUAUGAAAAAAUUAAACAAUCUGAGAUUUAUCAUAGGGUUGAGUAUACCCAUAAAGAAUAUUUAAAAGAUUGGCAUAAUAAACAUGAUAAUGAACGUGAAUUAUUUUUAAAAAAAGCUGAAGCCAACAACUUGAA